AUGGGUUUUGGUGAUCUUAAGAACAGAUCAGGCUUAGAAGCCUUGAAUACAUAUUUAGAACAUAACAGCUACAUCGAGGGGUACGUAUAAUGGUUUUGUUCACUAUUAAGUGCGUACAAGCAAGGGAAUAUGUUUCGUCCACGUGCAUUGGAGGUUAUUUCUUCACGAGAAUUUUAAUUUUUGUACAGUUCACGAGGGAAAGUAAGCUUAAGUUUAGAACCCAGACUUAAGAUAAACCUCAACCUCUUACAUUCUUCAAUCUUGAAGUUUCACUAGAUGUUUUCUGGUAAUCACAGGGGAUCGAAUAGUCAACUUUCUUAAAUUUCUUUGCGUAUAAGGUUGUACAUUCUUAAAAGUAUGGUACAAAUACGAGUUUGAUGAAGUUGUAAAUAAUUAUUAUGGUGCGAAAGCCCUUCGCAAGCUUUAAAGAUUGUUCAUUCAUUUAUCUCAGAUAAAAUUACAAAUGUGAAAUUUCAAAAUCUUGCAUCCUUUGUUAAAACUAAUUAGUAGAGUAUUAAGUUUUACUUUUCUCAGUCUUGAAUGAUAUUAUAUAGUAGUUGGAUGAGGGUGAUAUAAAGCAUUAUGUAGAUCAAGGAGGUGUUUUCAGCCCAGGUGGAUCACACCCCCUGAGAUCUGCAUUAUUAUUAUUCCUCAUUUCAUAUGAAAGGCAAAAUAAUUAUUUUAUUAUUGUUUUAUCAUUCAUUUAAAUCUUUCCAUACUCAUUAGCCUACCCUUUCCUCUACGUUGAAUUUUUGAGUCAGGGCUAAAAAUAAUGGUCGGUCAACAGACAAUGUCUGGGCAGAAUGGCAAACUUUACUCGCCAGUCAUGUUGACCGGUCUUGCAUGCUCUCAUUCUUGAACAAACAGUCAAAUCCUCACUGGUAAAUCUUAGAUUUUUGUCUCUGUGAUCACAGCUUUGACACAAAGAAGAAAGGUGAACAAAACAGCAGACGGGCCAAAGUUAAUAUACCGCAUGUUCGAUUGGUGUUAAAGACCUUAAGAUACUCCAUUUCUGUUUACGGGUAUGGGUGAAUUACCCGUAGGUGUAGCCGUAAAUAUGGGUAGAUUGCCUCUUACCUGGGAGAAACAGGUAGGCUAUUGGGUAGAACAGUAACGCCAUUAUCACAUCUGGGAAUGUGUGGUUCCAGAAAAUAUCCAUGCCCCCCACGGCCCCCCCCCCCUCGGAAGAUCAUUGGAAAUUCCGAGGGGGAGGGGGGUUCAAAGGCAGUUAUUUCUGAGGGGUAGGGCGGGUUCAUAGGAAACUACUUUUCCAAAGGAGAAACCAUCAAAAUGCAAUAGAAGACUAAAUUUGAAUAUAUUUAGAGAUGGCAUUACAUCUUUAUAAGUUUACAGGGUGAAGCAGGCAAAAAUAUAUUCCUGUAUUGGGCACAGUCACAAAAGAGAAAGGCCGUCUUACAUUUGAAUUUGAUAGUUUUCAUAUGUCAUGCAAUGCCAUGAUAAGAGUUAUUAUUAGCCUAAUCACAAAAUCUACUGAGCCCUAGGCUUGGACACAAUUUGCAGUACACUGCCUUACAACAAAUAGAGCAUUUAUUUGCUAGAUCUUCUAAAAGAAGAUGAAAAGAAGCUGACUUGUCAACCCCUCAUAUGCUUUGCUCUUUCAGGUAUGUCCCAUCCCAAGGAGACACUGUAGUUUACGAAGCAUUAUCUGGGGUCCCACCCUCUGAUCUGCCACAUGCCCUACGAUGGUACAAUCACAUAACCUCAUUUGGUUCAGAGAAGGCAAAAUUUCCUGGUGCUAAAAAAGAUCUUCAAAGCUAUGGUGCUGGACCUGCAACAAAUGGCACAGCAAAGAAUGUUGAUGAUGACUUUGAUCUCUUUGGUUCUGACUCUGAAGAGGUAUUUAUAAUAUUAUCUUUUUGGUACCUCAAAGGUGCUACAGUAAAAACCUGCUUACAUAAGAACCUGGAAUAGGUUCUUACAGAAUUGGUAUUUAGUGGGAUUUUAGGCUACUUAGGUUCUUAAUUUGAUAGGGGCACUAGAACCAACCCAGAUAACUACUACAGCGCAUACGUGAUAUGGAAUAUAUUGGUGUAUUAAAUAAUUAUCUAGGCUACACUUUAGAUGUUAACCAUACAGUAAAUUUAUCUUUCCAAAGUACUAGCAUGCAUGUUUUUCAUGCUGUAUUUUGAUCUGUGCCUUCAAUUUUGUAAAAUAAGAACCUAUUGAAAAUUUUAGGCUAAAUAGGUUCUUAUGAAAAGGGGGUUUAAAAUGAAAAUUUUAGACUAACAGGUUCUUAAAUUUUAGGUUCUUAUACAUGGGUUGUUACUGUACGUCACAAGGAUAAGGCUAUUUUAGGUUAAUUCUGUGCUGCAGGAUUCACAAAAUGCUCCUGUAGAGUUGCAUUUAUGAAGAAAAUAUCUAAUAAAUUUCAUCCAGGAGCACAAACCAUAUCAUUUUUUUUUGGUGAUUUGUUUUUUGGAAUAGCAUUGAAACUUGAAAAAGUUGGCUCAAAAAAAAAUUUUGUAAGGUUGUCCAGUCCUUUGUACACUUUUGUUUUGAGAGAUUAUAACAGAGCACAUUACUUGUUUUUGUUCAAAGAAGCUUAUCAUAAUGCAGCAUUACCAAUACCCCCAAGAGACAAAAAUCUUGAGAUUCUGAUCCUGGAGUUGGGAAAAGUAGUGAGAAGUGGCAAAAAGUUGUAACAUGUUCCCAAUGAAUUUCUUAGUUGAAGGACUUCCAGCAGGGAUUAUGGGUAAUAGAAGUGACAUGUUGUUUAAAGCUGGAGCAGUUACAUUGUAACAUUUCGGUCAAUCUUCUUCAUCACUGCUGAAAAGCACACAUUUGUUAGCAUGCCUCAUGAAAUGAGAGAUUUAGGUUCAUUUUAAUAAUGGGUCUCGUAUUUUGUGCCAGUGGCAAGUCGCAGUAGACUGAAGAUAGUAAACAAUGCAACAAGUAGGCAAUCCACACCUUUACUAAUCAAAUGUCACUGCAAGGCAUCUUUUUAUUACUGAUUUUGUUCUCUUACUUGGAAAUGAACCAUACAGAUGCUCCAAAACCUGUUUGUAGCGUGACUUUUCAAGAAAGUUUGAGAAAUCAGUUGUCAACUAAAGCCUUGAAUAUUGGCAAGUCAGAAGAUCAGAAUAUUUUUGAGUGGACCAUUGAGUCCUUGCUUUGCAUUUUAGGAAACUGAAGAAGAAAGAAAGCGCAAAGAAGAAAGGGAACAAGCGUACAAAGCAAAAAAGGCUACAAGUAAGCUAUAACAACUUUUCUGUUGAAUAAUCGGUUUCUGAUCUAGUGCUAAAUUCUCCCUCUGUUUGAGAUGUAUAAAGUAUGCCAGGCAAGUUGAUAAAGAUUAACCUAAGGCAUUUACAUGAAGUCUCAUUAUUUUUCGCCUCCCUUCCUUAUCUUUUAUGUUGUCACAACUGUGUCUGCUCCAUUGAGAAACCAUGAACAUGUAAUUCCAUGGAUUAGCUACCUGGCAUUAUUCCAAUUACAUGUUUCAACUGAUUUUAAUUAAUCAAGUGAAUGUUAAGCAACAUUGACUGGUCCCCUGGGAACAGUUAAUUUUGUUUUGCUAGAAUAUGAGGCUCUACUUCAGGAAAUGGUGAUAUUUUAGUGUUAGUAUCCCAUGGGGCCAGCCAGUAAGUGAUUUGUUUUUAGAGCCAAGGGUGAAAAUAUCUAUGCGUACAAAUUCAUGAAAUUCUCCAUGGUCGUUAUGUUUACAGUUUACAUAUCACUAUAGCCCGCGAACCCAAAUGUGUGAACUCAAAGUGACCAUAGGGAACCUGUGCUAUUGGGGGAAAAUUCCAGCAAUAUAAUGUAUAUAUUUAACUGUUUUUUGUUGUUUUUUCAAUGUCUUUUUUACUGCAGAAAAAGCAGUCAUCGCCAAAUCCAGUCUCCUCAUUGAUGUUAAACCAUGGGAUGAUGAGACAGGUAUAGAAUUGUAAAAAUCAGUCGCAACCCUCCCUGGUAUGCAGGGUAAUGUUGCAUGUCUUUCAGAAGGGCCUGGCACCAAGUAGAAUGUUUUGGGGUUUAUUGAUAAGCUUGCAAAUAACAACCAUCUCUCCUGACUUUUCACGCGGGGUCCUCGUUGCAAGGGACAUUUCCCCGUGGAGAAGUCUGUGCCUCAAUGAAAGAAAUUGCAUACUGAUGAUGUAAAAUUGAUCUGUCCAAAAUCUUGUCAGGUGUUCUCAGUAGUCAAGAAAAUUGUAUUCUUUUUGCUAUUGUUUUUUGAAUGACAGACAGAAAGACAAAGAUCAAAAUGUGAAUGUGACGAGUCUACUACAAAACUUCAUUAUUCAUAGCAUACUGAAUAUUCCUUUUUUAGAAGAAGCUUUUUGGUUAUGCUGUUCCUAACAGGCCAUUUUACAGCCUUGUUUUGUUACAAACCUUUCCUGCUUUAAAUGUGCAAAUCAUGGUAUUCUGAUGCUAACAAGCCCGUGAACAUGAUCAUUUACAUAGGAAAAAAAAGAAGGUUUGUAACAAAACAAGGUCACCGCCAGCCUCACUUCUAUUCAAAGGCCAGGGCACUGAGUUCACAACUGUAAUAUGACCUAUUGUAGAAAAACUCAAAACCUUUUGACAACAGGAGAAACUUCGCAUCAAACAAAUUUACUUUCGGAACUCCAUGACUACGAGACUAAUAUAAACAAUGUAAACUUUGAUUUGCAUCAUCAGUGUAGAAUUUAUGUUGUUGAAAUGCAGGCAGUCCUGGGGUGGGUACUCCCAUAUAUGGGUAGAUAGGUAUGUGCUGCUGGGGAGGGGAUGGUUUUUGAGGGCAUUAUCCUCCUUAUAUCAUCUAGCUAUAAUUCAAGUGAGUCAAUGCCUAGCUACAAGAGAAACAAAUUACCCGUUAAAACUGAACUUUACAGUAGAGUAUUAAGAAAGCAAUUUAACCCAUUUGCCCCUGGAGAUUUUGCUGAAAAACUCAUUUUGAAGCUAGUCGAGUGGUUUUCUGGUCACUGUCGUGCUAUAAAGAGGCAAGAAAAGGUAAAAAAGAGGGGUGGAGAGAAGGUAAAAGUCAAGAGUGCUGUGUCACUUUUAAGCCCAAAAACUUUUGCUUUCUGUGCGUGCCCGAACUUUGCAAGCUAAUAUUUUGAUCUGGAUCAGAAGGCUGUGAAGUGUACGACCUGCUAACGGCUUUGUGGUAAGUGUUAACUCUUUAUAUUUUUUUUCGCCAAAAUCUCCAGGCGCAAAUGGGUUAACUUGCUGUAUUUCCUUUAGAAUAACAGGCAGAGGGGUUAAGGAAGAUUUGUUUCUUCUCAUUGAAUUCUUAGUUUUUGUUUUUUCCUUGAAUUGGGUCUCGUAAAAUUAUUCCAGGUUUGGACCUCAAAAAGGGGGUCAGUUUUAGUUUGUCUCAUCCUUAAUUAGGAUCAGGGUUUAAGACCCUGGGCGGCACACACCUAUCAGAAAUUUAUGGGAGCACUCCAUCCCUUGGAUGCUAUCCUCCCAGGCAGACAUUUUUUGGCUCGUCACACGUGACUAAGCCCAAACAACAUCUGCUUUGGAGGUUACUUGCCGGCUAAUGUUCUAAAUGGCGAGCAGCCAGGAGACACAGCUGUAUUUUCAGGCUAGGGUAUAUUUGGUGAGUGAAUGAGGCAAUUAACAUGAGCAGGUCAACCAGCCCCCUUCUCUUACGUAGGCAUGGUCAAAGAUGUGUGUGUGUGUUCUUCCCAAAGGCUAGUCCUUCCUUAUAGUUUCAAUUCAAGACGCGUUUCUUGACCGUAGCAUUGCCACUUGAAGUCUUCCAGGUGGUCUUUUUCCUAUUGUUCGCUCCUUUAUAACUAAUGGUACAAGAUCACCAUGCCGUAGGGUGUGAUUAAAAUAUAAGAGAUAAAAAAAGGAAUGAUGUUGUUGCUUCUGAGGAUGUUAUCCGGGGCAUCCCCCGCUAAUCCAUACCAAGUGUGUGCACAGGCUACCCCAGUUUUAAAAAUUGAGCCUGAUAAUUCGCCUGAACUAUCUUGGGUAUCAUACGCCGUUCCCGGUUUCAUUCAAAUCUUUAUAGUGAGCCGAGCUGCUUGUGGCUUUCGGCCUUUGGCCAAAGUGGUGUCAGUCAGACUGAGGGUUUACAGUCAAGUCGCCCGAAAGUCAUCUCGCCCGAAGUUCGCUGUUUUCAAAAUGGUUGUAAAUGCUAAAAUAGAUUUUUUACACUAUUUUUAUUAUUUUUAUUUUUGUUUUUUAGAUAUGAAGGAAGUUGAGAGACUUGUUCGCACCAUUGAAGCAGAUGGCCUUGUGUGGGGUGCAGCCAAACUGAUACCUCUGGCAUAUGGCAUCAAAAAACUUCAGAUAAGCUGUGUGAUCGAAGAUGACAAAAUCUCCACAGAUUUUCUGGAGGAAGAGAUAACAAAGUUUGAAGACCUCGUUCAAUCCAUGGAUAUCGCUGCCUUUAAUAAGAUCUAA